AUGACAACCUUGUUCAUAGCAUUCAGUCAAUCAGUACAGCCCGAAAUAUCAAUUGAAGAUACUGAAAAUUUCGUGGACGACGAUGACGAAAUUACGGAGGAAGAUAUGGCUGCAGAAAUCGAAAGAAACCAAAGAGAUGUUGAACAUUUAUAUAAGCAAAUGAGAAAAUCAAACUUGAAGAGAGAGCUGAUGGAAAGUCGAAAGAGGUUAGAAGAGAUGAAAAUUUUUGCGUUCACAAAAGGUAAAACAAUAAUUCCAAAAGUAGCUAGCUUUGUUUCAAAAAACAAAUCACUCAUUUCAAACGGAGCGAAAGCCAUCGGCUCAAUCGCUGAAGCGGGAAAGAGUAUAAGCGAUACAGUGAAACAAUCUAACGAGUUGAAAGAAUUAGAGCUAAUAAGAGAACUGCGAAACAGGAGAUUAGAAGAAAGGAAAGGAAAAGGUUUUAAAGUUAUAGGAUAA